AUCCAAACAUGGCGGCUCAAAAGAGGAAACAAAAGGGGAAAACGGUACCUUUAACCGAAUUUCUGGGGGACAACACUCCGAGUUUUUCGAAAAAUUGGGCGGACGAGGUCGCAGAGUUAGAUACAGAUGAUGGUUCAAACUAUGGAGCACCAUUCUCUAUUGACAAAUCUAUAUUACCUACUGCACCUAAAGCUACCAGGGAACCAGUCCUUAACUUGGAAAAAGUUCCUACGCAACCACCCUUUACGGCUUUCGUCGGAAACUUGUCUUAUGAAGUAAACGAGGACAGUUUGCAAAAAGUCUUUAGUGCUUUGAAGGUUAAGAACGUUCGACUUAUAUCCGAACAAGGUCGCUUUAAGGGCUAUGGGUAUGUCGAAUUUGAAGAUAGGGAUUCUUUAAUUAAAGUUUUAUCGAAAAAUGAUGAGUUGUUUCUCGGACGAAAAAUGAGAGUAGACUUAGCUACGGGGGGAAAGGAUAAUGAUCAAAUGAAACGUAAUGAUAGAGGAGAUCGCGGUCACGGAAAUUUCAACAGAGACUCAACAGAUGAUAGGACCCUAGGGGAAUGGAGAAAAGGUGGUUCAGAAUUACCUCCUGCUCCAUCAGGCGGCGGUUUUAGAGACCGAGGUCGUGGCUUUCAAGGAUCGUCUGAUCUUGCCUAUUCGGCGGUUACCGGUUAUCAGGAUAUUAGAUAUGCUGAUAAAGGAAAAGAUGACAUCGAUUCGAGACGGUCAAGCGGUGGAUUUCGCAAUGACGAUCGUCGUGAUUCCGAUCGCGGAAGACGAGGCUUUUCUUCAAAUUUUGGUAGCCGAGAUAAUCGUGAAAGCACUCGUCAAAGGAGAGAAGAUGAUCGCUCAGAUUUCCGACAACCUCCACCAGAGAAACCUGUAGAACCUGCUGAACGACCACGCUUAAAACUUCAACCACGCACAAAAUCAACUGAAACACCAACGGAAGUAACAAGACCUUCUUCAAUAUUCGGUGAAGCCAAACCUGUUGAUACAGCUGCUAAGGAACGUGAAAUAGAAGAUAAACUUGUUCGAGAAAGAGAGCAGCAGGAAGCAAAAGAGGGAAUCAGAAGAAGUAAUGAAAGACGAGAUUCAAAUGGACGUCGUGAAAGACGAUUCUCUUCUGGAUCCAGUAGAGGAGGGUCUAGACCAGGGAGCGGUAGCGAUAUGAGAGUUCGCGCAAUACUGCGUCGACCUACCUCAUCAACAUCAUCCCUUUGCGGUGCCGCUAAGCAUGGCAGUAGUAUUAGCUCCGUGAUAUCUGAGACUGAUACUGCUCCUGGUAAGAUUCGAGAUUUAAGGUCCCGAGCUCCACCCUCGAAUUCUAGAGUAAAUAGUGUCUCUGAAGGAGAGAAUGAUGUUUUUGAGCAUACAAAAGAUAAAGAUGCAGGUGCACUAGAAUCGUCUCCAGAUCAAAAGCGUCAAAUAGUCCCGGCUCCAGCUCCUAAGGAGAACGCUUGGACUCAAAGAAGAAAGCAAGUUGAGGUCUCCGUAGUAACAGGAGUUCAGACAACCAUUUCUGACUCAACAGUCGAAAGAAAAGAAAGUUUAUCUAGACCACCGACAUCUGAUGAACAGUCUCCCUCAAGAAGAAACAAAUCUUCAACUACUCCCUCAGCAAGAAAGGGUUCAUCUGGAAGAGGAAAGCAACCUAUUGAUGACCAGUCGUUUCCUCCUAAAGAAGGACUUAAAAAUCAAGCAAGACCCCCUGUGAAAGGUGGCCGCGGGGCUAAAAGAGACAAGAGAGGAGCUCCAGGCGGUCCUGGCGGUAAAACUGAUAGACAAAAAAAACCCGAAAAGUCUCUUCCUAAAUCUGUAGAGGAUAUGCCAAAGUACGAAGAAAGCAAGGCAAAGGACUUUAGAGAUACAAAUAAAUUUUCCAGUUUAAUGGAAGACGAUGAUAAUGAUAACAUGAGCGCCGAUUCUGACAAUGAAGAUAAUGUUCAAAACGUUGAGGAAUGA